UAGAAACAUAUCAAUAUAUAAUGGGUAAUAAUUGAGCAACUGCAGAGACAGAGUUCGGAAGUAUCUUUGUACGUCUAGAUCAGAAGGCACCCUACUCUGGACAAAUCCUUAACGGGACUGUGUACUUGGAGCUGAAGCAAAACUACCCAGCUCAGAGUGUGAGUGUGGGGCUUGAAGGGUGUGAAGCGUUUGAUUGGGGAAAAGGAAAAGGAGGAGGGACUAAUCUAAAUUUUACACUCAAAAAAGAGCUUGUGAAUAAAGCAACUGUGCUAUAUACUUUCUCAGAAGCAGGAGCUCUGGCUGGACAGUAUUCAUUCCCAUUUCAAUUCCAGGUCCCAUCUGAUCUCCCAAGUAGCUUUUAUUCCUUAGGUAUUAAACCCAAGAAAGCUCUUGUGAAAUAUGUUUUUAGAGGUAUUCUGAGAUCAAGCGAAAAGACCGUCAAAGAUCUAACAUUUGAGAGUGUACUGCCAAUAAACGAAGUUUCUCAAAUCUCUCUAAGCGAGAUUCAUUUGUCUACCUGAGAUUCUAUAACCAGCUGGUUUGGAAUGAAGAAGCAUGGAGUAGCAAGCUUAAGCAUUAAGAUUCCCAAAGACUAUUUUACAACUAAAGAGAUGAUCAGAAUAAAGGCAAGCAUUGAUAAUUCUCAAUGUGAUCUUCCGGUGAAGAAGAUCUUUGUUGCUCUCAAGCAGCUGACUGAGAGAAGAAAGUAUAAUGGAGCAUUUGAAUCUUUGACUGAUACUACAGAUAGCUUGAUAUUACCAAUUUGGUUAAAUAAUUAUGAAGAAGUUGGUGCAUUUGAAUCAACAGAAGGAUUCACAAGAGAUAUCGAAAUCAAUCUAAAAUAUGUAACAGGAACCCUUUUAAAGAAAAACUUUGAUGAGAUAUCUGACUAUUCAGAUAAAGAGAUUAUGCUUGUUCAAGAUCUUCAGGCGUCUUCUAGUGGAAGCUACACAACAAUUUCCUAUCACAUCACUAUAAAGUUAUGAUAUGGAAUUGCUUCAAGGAGAUCUACAAAGAUCAGAAUCCCAAUAUUCCUAAAGAAUCCCGAAUCUGAAACCCCUGAUCAAAUACAUAUCCCAGCCGACUUCAACCCUCUCGAGCUCCAAACAGCCUCCCCCAUAAUCCCAGCCCCUAUCCCCUCCCCACACCUCCUCUAGCCUCCACUCAAUCUCUACCCCACCCCUCCUCAUAAAAGAACCGUAU